UCCGACCCCCAGCCGCUGAGCUCUGGGUAGAGAGAUUGCCAAGAAAAAGGAGAUGGAGCAGGGAGCAGACGGAUCGCGGAGACGGGCAGGCUCCCGGUUCCGGCUGCCCUUCCUCUUCCCUUGGCGAUCACCGCCAGGCUCUUCCAAGUUCCCGACACCCGCCGCCCCGGAGAAUUCCGGGAACCCCAAACUCGCUUCCUCUUCUCAGCCCGAGGUUCGGACCAGCUACUGGAUGAAGCUGCUUUCCCAGCUCUUUACGCCGCUUCCCAGCUUGUUUCAGAAGCUGCUGAUUUGGAGCCAGCUUUUCGGUGGGCUCAUUCCUACCAGAUGGCUGGAGUUGGCUGCAGGCUAUAGCGCCCUGAGGGGACGGGACGGACCUGCCGCCCCCACCGCCCAGAAAUCUGUAAGUUCGCUGCGGCUCGACCUCUCGGACGACUCGGCUGCCAGCCACCUUGAUUGGGUAGAGGAGGGGAUCCAUUGGCAGUGCUUGUCCCCAGAUGUAGAAUUGGCACUUAAAGCCAAAGGACGUGCUUUGUACCCUGCGGCACACGCUUUCCUCUUAGAGCAGCAGCUGUGGAGAGUGGAGCUGUUGACGAGUAGCCUUCAAGCCCAGCUCUUCUCCGACCAGGAACUUGGCUCUUCGCCCUCAGAGGCUCUCAACAUUCAGCGCCUAAGCAACUUCGACGUAGUCUCCUGUUUGCUGAAGCCCUCCUACCUGGACUGCCUUCCCCAGGUAGAGCUCAGUUAUCAGAACAGCGUGGGAAGUGGCGAGCUCGUGGAUUGCCAGACUCUGACUCCAGAGAGCAGCUGCCUGAUUGAUGAGCAUUGUCACCCCCAGCCACUGAAUGCAGAGGUCACUGGAGCCUCGUGGCAGGGAUGCCCACCUCUUUCUACCGAAGGCCUGCCUGAAAUCCACCAUCUUCGCAUGAAACGGCUGGAGUUCCUGCAGCAGGCUAACAGAGGGCAAACAUUACCCACCCCUGACCAAGAUCAUGGCUAUCACAGCCUGGAGGAGGAGCACAGCCUUCUUCGAAUUGAUCCACAACACUGCAGAGAGAACCCAGCACAGUUUGUUUCCUCUGUGGAAGCCAUUCCUGGAACCUGCCAGGAAGUCCCUGAGGAAAACAUAGAAUUGUUGACUAAAGAGGUUCCACUUGCUCUGGAAAAACAGGGCCCUUUGGGAAACUGUCCAUCUUGUGAGAUAUCUGUGGAUAAAGAGCCUGGAGAGGACCAAGUUAGUGGGGUUAACUACUCAAUCAUAGAAGAUGACCUUCCCAUGUCUGCCAGACCAGCCUGUAGCAACAAGUUGAUAGGUUACAUUUUGGGAGGUGGGUCCAGUGACCUGGAGUCAAGUUCUGAUUCUGAAGGUGAGGAUUGGGAUGAGGAUGUGGAGGAUGAUGGUUUUGACAGUGAUAGCUCUCUUUCAGAGUCAGACCUUGAACAAGACACUGAAGGGCUUCACCUUUGGAACUCUUUCUACAGUGUAGAUCCUUACAAUCCCCAGAACUUUACAGCAGCGAUUCAGACUGCGGCCAGCAUUGGCCCUGGAGGGCCCUCUGAUUCAGAGAACGAUUUGUCCGACAAAUCUGAUCUAGAGGAUUCUCCCCAGACUAGAAGCCCUCCUGAGUCUCCUGACCAGAGUUCUGGAGAGGAAGAUGACUGGGAAUCUAGUGCAGAUGAGGCCGAGAGUCUCCAACUGUGGAACUCUUUUUGUAACUCUGAUGACCCCUACAACCUUUUGAAUUUUAAGGCUCCCUUUCAGACAUCAGGGAAAAACUGGAAAGGCCAUCGUGACUCAGAGAGACCAUCUGAGUCCUUUGUGGCCAUUUCUGAGUGUCACACCUUACUUUCUUGUAAAGUGCAGCAGUUAGGGAGCCAAGGAAAUGACUGUCCAGACCUGGUACACUGCCAGUUUCUUUCUGGGGAAAGACACAGGCUUAUCAAAAGAAAAAAGGUAACCUUUCUUGAAGAAGUUACUGAGUAUUAUAUAAGUGGUGAUGAGGAUCGUAAAGGACCCUGGGAGGAACUUGCGCGUGAUGGAUGCAGGUUCCAGAAACGAAUUCAAGAAACCGAAGAUGCUAUUGGAUAUUGCUUGACAUUUGAGCACAGAGAAAGAAUGUUUAAUAGACUCCAAGAAACAUGCUUCAAAGGACUUAACAAGCAAUGUUAAGGCUCCCUAAUCUCACCAGGGAAAGAUGGGGAAACCAAUUUGUGAAAAGUGGGCUGCUUGACGCGUGGGGAGGAUACCCCAGUGGUCUAACGGGAUUGAAAGUCUAGAAAACUGAACUACAAGGUAAGGACCUUUGGAGCAAUUUUUCAGAUUUUGUUCAUUUUAAUCUCUUACCCUUCCCUUUAUGUCAGUACCAUCCUUCUCUUCUAGUUUCUCCCUUUCUUUUUUGUCAAAUAUUUUAUUUUCACUGCUGUUUUGUAGAUUCUUACCUAGAAGGAUGAGGACCUUCAUAGCGGAAGAACAGCACAACUGCCGGAGAUGUGUGUCCAUUGGAGAUAGUAUCCACCAAGAAAACGGAAGGACCUCACAGAGUUCUCAAUGCUCUUGAGAACUUACUGCACAUUUUCCCACCAAAAUGUUGGGUAAAUAUUUACGCUCUGAGAUGGAAUUCAUUUUUAGAAACAUCCCAAAGACAUUCAGGGUCAAAGAAAGAAGUGAUUAAGCUGCAUAAUGCUGCUUUGAGUUCAGCCUGCUUUUCUUAACUGAGUGCAUGCAUUGGCUCUGAAGGCAAAAACCAAAGAGGAGUCCCAAUGGAGUUUUCAAAGAGACUCAUCUGGAUAUAUGUUCUGAAAUAGUUGUUUUUAAAAACAAAUUUCAUCAUGAGAAGGCUAGCUUGUCUUUGGAUGUCAAAUGUGAUUUCCAAGAGUCCUUUCACCACCCUAUUUAAUGACCCCUCAGUUCCUCCUUUUCCUCUCACACUACCUUUUCAAGUUAUGUUCACUUCUGACCUCAUCUUGUUAACGUUUUUACUUCUUCCUUCUCUGCCCCCACCCUCACUAGUCUGUAAGCUCCAUGAGAGCAGGGACUUGGUUGUGUAGUCUGUGAGCCCAGAGCCUAGAACUGUGCCUGGCACAUUAUAGAUAGUCAAUAACUAUUUCUUGAUGAGUUGAUGACUUUCUUAAAGCCAUCUCUCAUGUAGUCUUUCCUGAACUUUCAUCAACACAGCCACGUCAGAUCAGAAACAAACGUGCCACAAACCAUAGAUGAUGUAGAAUCAGGGAACUGAAAGGUCCUUAGAGAGAAGCUGAAGGUAAGCUUUAAGUCUGUAGAAUGUAAUUACAGCUUUCAAUUUGACUAGGGAUACCACAGUAAUUACAGUGUCAUUGAUAAGGUGCAUAUUAAUAAUGUCAAUUUAGUAUGUGAGCAAAUCAGCUGAGAACUUUCUCUUCCAGAAUUACUAUUUUGUUUAGGAGUACCAGGGUAGUCUUCCCCCCACACCAGGGGUUUAAGUUCUGCCUACCCCUUUUUGGCAGAAGGUUGGCUUUGAGUUUCUUAGAAAUGCUCUGUUGAAUCCACCAGAUGGCGUUACUUGUCUGAUGGCUAUCGCUCCUUUGGAGGACAUUCCUUCCGUGUAUAAACAAGCUGGGAAACGGUGCUGCCCUGCCCUUUCUAGGCUUGCCUGGCCCGUUGUGACUCCACCUUUCUGUGAUAACUAUCCGUUAGUGGAAGGUGUCCCUUGUGGGAGAACCAAGAUUUGUAUUUGAACACAAACAAAUGAACUGAUUCUUCCUGAUGUAUACAAAGGGAGAAUGAAAUGAGUAAUUAGAGGUGAGAUCUAAGAGACUGACGUAAGGGGGUUUUUGUGUGCUGUGGAGUGGGUUCUGACUUAUAGCGACCCUACUGGACAGUGCCUCAUAGGGUUUCCUAAGCUAUAAUCUUUAUGGAUGCAGAUCUCCAGGUCUUUUCUCCUGAGAAGCCGCUGGUGGGUUUGAACCGCUGAUCUUUCGGUUAGCAGCCAAGUUCUUAACCAUUGUGCCACCAGGGCUCCUUGAUGUAAGAAUAUUUGCUGGGUUUUUUGUAUUAGGAUUUUUCCAAUCAGUGCUUCAUGUCACUUAACUAUUUGUCUGGUAUUCAGCUUUCUGCAUUCCUAUGCAUCAGGGCAGUCAUUCUCGGUGGGAGGAGGGGAAGGGUGCCACAUUGCUCCUGGUGUGGAGAGUCACUGUACUGGAUAAGAGAGUUUUACACAUGACUAGCCUGGAUGGUGGAAAAAAACCUCAGGAAAUUAUUGGGCUCAGUUUCCUUCUUAGAGCUAGUUGCCACAGCCAGGUAGCUAUCCAGGACUAGUUUUUGGUAGGUUAGUAUUGGCUCCAAAUGAACUGAAACAGUAAACUUAGGUGAGGAGCUACCUACCCCUGGGCCACUUCCUGGUGUGCAAAAUGGAAGGCCAUUGUAUGUUUGCAUCUAAUUUCCCUCUGUCUGAACCAAAAGGUUGAUAGUUCAGAUCCACCAGCCAUUCCUUGGAAACCCUUGGAUGGGUUUUUU